CGUUUACACACUCCUGGGACUCCUGGGGAGCGUCUCCAAAGUGUCCUAAAGUGUCCGGAAAGAUGGAGGCCUGUAUGAUGAAGCCAGAGGUCAAAAAGAAACCAAAACCGCCCAAACCUCCCCCAAAGCCUGUAGAGGUAAAAACAAAGCAGCCAGAGAGACCUGAGAAGCCAACUCCUGUUAUGUCCUAUCAACACAUUGAUGCUAUGCAGCAACAAGACACUAGAGAGAAACGGUUGGAAGCCCCUCGUGUUCCACUCAGACCCACAGAAAAGAGCUCCAGAGAAACUGAGCAGCCUGAAGCUGCGGUGGAUGAAGCCGAGUCCAAACAGAAUAAUCAGUCAGUCCUGUCUGGAAUGUUUCGGCUGAGCAAAAAAGAGAAAUUACCAACGUUCACAAGUUACGUGGCCCACACCUUUGACGAAGAGGAAAAGACGGACGGCAUCCCAGCCAAACAGGGCUUUCUGAAAGGAGUAAUGAAAGGGUUGCAUUUAAAGUCCUCCCCAAAGGGCAGCAGAGAUCCGAGUCCAGAUCCCGGUGCAGAAGAAACCAGAUCAGAAAAGGAACAAUCUGCUAAAAAAAAAAAACAAGAAAAGAAUGCAGAAGCCAAACAGGCAAAAGGAGACUUCCUCCAAAAGUCUGACCCACCAGUGGAUGAGACAUCGACACAGGACAACCUGAGUGCUCACAGUGAGCUGUCUGCCAGCAACGACAGUCUGUCUGAGCACAAGGAAAGCAGAGGAAUAUUCAGUGGGAUGUUCAGGAGGUCAUCAAAGCCAGCAGAUGCUCUUCAAACUGAUACGUCUCCACAAACUAAUCUAUCCAGCAGUAGUGACAGUCUGUCUGAGACUCAUUCAAAGGAUAAGGGUUUUUUCAGUGGGAUCCUCCGCAAAUCACCAAAGAUUCAUAGAGAGGGGUCACAUGAGCAGAGUGCAGAGCCGCUGCGUGGAGAUCUUUCUGCCAGCGCUGACAAUCUGUUGGAGAGAAAGGAGAAAGGUGGUUUGUUUGGACUCCUCAGAAAGACCCCGAAAACAACCUCAGAGGACAAUUUGUUGGCACGUAAAGAAAUUUCAGGCAGCAGUGGCAGUCUGUCUGAGACCUCCAGUUCAAAGGAGAAAGAGUUACAAAGCAAUGAGCUGUCAGGCAGCACUGAAGGUCUGACUGAGAACAACAGGAAGGAAAAAGGAGGAAUAUUUAAUGGGAUAUUCAAAAAGCCUCCAAAACCUGCUGAAGCUGCUCAAACCGAGGAGGACGUGUUUUCUGACACCAAACCCCCAGGCGAUAAUGAAAAUGAGAAAGUUGGAGGUUUGUUUGGUGUUGUGCUCAGAAAAACUCAAAAAGCAUCAGGAGAAAAGACUGAAACACCGGAUAGAGAAGCUCAGAGCGAGCCGUCAGCCAGCAGUGAAGAUCUGUCUGAGAACAUCCCCACCAAGGAGAAAGAGUUACAAAGCAAUGAGCUGUCAGGCAGCAGUGAAGGACUGGCUGAGAACAACAAGAAGGAAAAGGGAGGAAUAUUUAAUGGGAUAUUCAAAAAGCCUCCAAAACCUGCUGAAGCUGCUCAAACCGAGGAGGAUGUGUUUUCCGAUACCAAACCCCCAGGCGGUAAUGAGAAUGAGAAAGCUGGAGGUUUGUUUGGUGUUCUGCUCAGAAAAACUCCAAAAGCAUCAGGAGAAAAGACUGAAACAACGGAUAGAGAAGCUCAGAGCGAGCCGUCAGCCGGCAGUGAAGAUCUGUCUGAGAACAUCCCCACCAAGGAGAAAAACAUUUUCAGCAACAUGUUUAAAAAGCAACAGAAACCAGCAGAGGGCGCCACAGCAGAGAUGGAGUCAGAGGAAAAUACUGAAAAAGAGUUACUUGGCAGCAGUGAGAAUCUGAUGGACACGACUGGCCCAAAGGAGAAAAAGGGAGGCCUGGCUGCACUAUUCAAAAGAUCAUCAAGCUUUGAAAACCUGUUAGAAGAGGGGAACUCUGGAGGACUUGCAAGCAUCUUUAAAAAGUCGCCUAAACCUGCUCCACGCACCACCACCAGUCAGCAUCCCCUCAGUGACUCAAACCAACUGUCAGACAGCUCGGACAGCCUCACAGAAGCUGGAAAGGAGGAUGUUUCAGCAGAGGGUGAAUUGUCGGGCAGCAGUGAUAAUCUUUCUGAAACCUCAAGUAACAAAACUGAGAAGAAAGUUGGUUUCUCCAGGAUAUUCAGGCGGACGCCAAAAACUUUGGACCUGCAGGACGGUGAAGGUGAGGACAGUGAGGUGCCGGAGGGAGGAGGACUGAGACGCAGAAGAACUAUUAAGAAGAAAAGACGAGUUGUGUCAUUCCGAGUCAAGAAAACUCUUCCCAGAAUUCCCAAACUCAAUUCAUCCUCACAGAGUUCAAUAGAGAUGCCCAUCAUAGAGGAGACUCUUGAGCUGCAGGACAUGAACGCAGGCCAGGACCAGGAGAGUACGGUGGAGGUCCAGCCUGUGGAGAUGGCAGCUUACCCAACCGAAGAAAACGCUGAGCAAAUGGAGCAGGAGACUGAUGAGCUGAUGGAGUGGUGGAACACAGUGAAAGGUUGGAACGAGUGGAAUGAGAACUCUGAUUUCCAGGAGGAGGAUGAGGAAAUGGCGAUGGAGCAGGCAGCCGAUCGAGUCUACAUGGCAGCCCGGCUUUUCGUGCAUCUUUUCAACCAGCGGGGGGCGUCCUUGCAGCACCGAAUUCUGGAGCUCUUGGCGUUGGCUGACACUGCGGAUGAAUUCCACAAGAAGACGGUGUCGGCCGCCGUGGGAGGACGUGUAGCCAGCGUUGCAGGCAGCAUCACCACAAUCACCGGACUCAUUCUGGCACCUUUCACUUUUGGAGCCUCCAUCAUCGUCACGGCGGUGGGGAUCGGUGUGGCGACGGCUGGCAGCAUCACGUCAGCGACGGCUAACCUCACAGACACGGUCCACUCCAACAUGGGUCGCAAGAAGGUGGAGAAGAUGAUCCAGGGCUACCAGGAAGAGAUCAAAGACAUCAGAGAGUGUAUGGAGUUUGUGCAGGAAGGUAUGGACACUCUGCAGGAGUUGGAUUUCGAGAAAUACACUCAGAGUGCUGCUAAAAAGGCUAUGAACCACAACAUCAAACACGUGAUGAAGGAGGGAGGCCGCGCUGGUAAAGCCCUGAUGAUCAACACGGACAAGCUCAUCAGGACUGUGCAGGUUUUGAGCGCCGCAAGUGGCGCUGCCAAAGCUGUCCAGGUCAUCAGUGUCAGCACAGGCGUCAUGUCUGCCCUCUUUUUGGCCCUGGAUGUUUUCUUCCUCGCCAAAGAGUCCCACGACCUUCGCAAGGGUGCCAAAACCAAAUUUGCUGCCAAAAUUAGAGACGUGUGUAAAGACCUUCAAGAUGGCCUCCUGGAACUAAACAAGGUGAAGGUGCAGCUGCAGAAGACCAUGGAUGGUAUCGAAGUGGAGGAGUACGAGGAAAUAGAGGAGGUGGAGGUGGAGGUUGAAGAUGACUUUGAAUCUGACCCAAAGAAGCUGGCUGAGCUGGAGCAGGAAUUGGACCUCAUAGGGGAGAAACUGGACAAGAAAGAUGAGCUGGAGCAGAAGAGUAAAGAGCCAGAGAGAGAAUUCUUUAAAUUUAUGAAAAAGAAAAAAGAUGAGUAGAGCAUGAAGGAAAAAGAGGAGUUAGAGGAAAAGAAGGACAGGCAGGACAAGACUAGUUCAGAGAAAGAGAAUAAUAAGGAAAAGUAGGCUGCAUAAUGGAUAUACUCCUGCAAGGAGCACUUCUCAAACCCCUGCCUCACCUGAACUGACUCACUCACACACACUCUUUCUAAAAAAAAAAAAAGAAAAGAAAAUUCAAAUUAAGGAUUUUUUAUGUUUAUGAUUAGAACUGAUGUUGUUUUUAAAUAUGAAGCCUUUAAGAAAUUUAGAAAUAAUUUCAAUGUACAGUAUUUUUUCAUUACUAUUAGUCAAACUAGUUUUUGAGCAUGCAACAAAAUAAUAAAAAAAUCAGUGUUGCUGCUAAUCAUUUACAUAUGAUGGGCUCUAAUAAUGAAACGCAAAAAAAAUCUACUUUGUAUGCAUAAUAUAGAAAAUAAUUCCUGUCAUGAUUUUUUUUUUUUUUUACUUCUGAAAACAUGUUAGCAUCACGGCAAAAACCUGGCAUUAAAAAGGUUGAGAAAUUGAAUUUAAGUUUAAUAAUAAACAUCAAAUAUUCAUUAAAAAAAUGUAUAAAUAUUUUUUUACGCAAUUGGAAUUAUGUUAAAUUAAAAAGCCUAAAAAGUUGGAAAUGUUUUAAAUAUAUAGUACUUUUUUCAAGCUACAUUAUGAAAAAUGCAUUUAUCGCACUCACAGGGGCGUUUAGCACUUAGCAGUACAAAUAUGAAUAUUUGACCCCACGCAAAAAGCUGCUAAUCAUUGACAUAUCCAAGCCUCUAAAAUAAGAUUUUAUAAUCCGAGAGGGAUAUGAUUUGGGACACGUACAGAUCAUUGUUGCUUUGAAUAUAAAAUACCUAAUAGAAGGAGUUACAGAGGUAAUAUUCAAUGCCGUAAGAGACAAAUGAAUUAACACUCACAUCCAGAAAAAAUCUAUUGCAUAGACAAUAAAGUUAAAACUGCUUUUUUUUUGUUUUUUUGAAUAGCUUAACUGAUCCUUAGAGUCUCUCUUGUACAUUUAAAUAAUUGUGUUUUUUAACGUCUUUGAAUUUACACUAUUUGAAAAGAUUAAGAUGUGUACACAAGGCCUGUUUUCAUGUACUGUACAUUCACUCAUCUCCACAAAUGUAAUUAUGAAAAUGCCAAUUUCAUUGGGGCCAAUUUUGGAAAAAGAAAAAAAAGUCUGUCCCUAAAGCCAGACCACCGUGUUUACCUCUUUCUUUUACCUCAGAACACUACCAGGAGUCUCCCUCCCUUUAUAAAAACAGCAAUCUGUUGUUAAUGUUGUGCCACCAACAUGUGGUACAUUUCCUGUGAAAUACAAUGUACAUUAUUGCUUUUCUCAUAUCUUUACAUAUAUUUGGAAAAAAAACAACCUUUUAGCAUAUUUUACUGAAAUAUUUUCCUCUUUAUAGUUUGUCAAUGUUUCAUUUCAUCAGUGUUUCAAUGAAAAACCUUUAGGACUGUUUGACUCCAUGUUUUGCAUUUCCUACUUUAGUUAUGCUUUUAAAAAAAAAAAUGCUUUUAUUUAAUUAAAAAGGCCAGUUUGACUGUGAGUACAGUAAAAUAUUGAUUCUACUUGCCUGUUACAGAAUUGUCUGUUACCACUGAUUGCACUUUAACCAGGCGUCUCCUCCGCUGUGCCCAUUUCUCUCAGGUUUAACUUGACCCUUCUUUGUGUGACGCCGCUGGUCUUUCCGAUGUUAAACACGUUUACUAUGUAUUUUUGUAUGAGUUAAUCUUUUUUCUAUGGUGCUGGUUUCUUGAAUAAUAAAUUUAUAAUGGGUUCUUAAAAAAAAGUCAGAUUUUCUGGGGUGGGGGUCUAACUAUGAAGUGUAUACUGGUAUUUAAUCACGAUUAUAAAGUAUUAUUAAAAGCCACUCUAUACAGUAACAUCACUUCUGACCACAUGGGGGUGUUUAGAUCUGCUGUGUUAACAAAAGAGCUAAUUAGUGAGGACAGGCUGGCUCAUCUUGUAAUACCACCUUUAUCCUCUAGAGGUGCACAUUGUAAAUUACUUGAUUCAAAAAACAACGAAUAUUGCAGUUCAUUGACUGGCCACUGGGGGGUGCCUUAUUAAUUGAGUCAAUAGACUCAUAUCAAAAUGCCCAACUUUGCAGUUACAUAGUUACAGCCUGGUUAAAAAAAACAAUUUAAUUUCCAUGUAUGACAAUUGUAAAAGG